CGGGGAGUUGACGUGUCGAUCGAAGCAACGCCAAAGGCGACACCGUGAGUGGUGAUAGCGGCGUGCCGUCUCCGCUUCCUUCUCCACCUCCGUCUCUUUUCUUCGCCGCCGUUUCUCUCUGGUCUCGCGUCUUAAAUAUCGAGUUUUCUAGCUUGCCUCCUUUCUUUUUCUCUCUUUCUUCUUCCUUGGCCGGCCGGAACCCGGGAGGCAGUAGGAUCGCUGGCAAUUGCGCCCCUGCUGGAUCCAUCCGUAGAUCUCGCCGGAGGCAACAGCUGAAAAGCUCUCGAAUUCGCUCAAAGGGACAAAAGGAUCACAAUUUUAUUCCAGAGGCAGCUGAGCUUGGUAUUUCUGCCGCAUUGGGAAGGAGGGCAGGUUGGAACCGGAGGCGUCGGUCGUUUGCACUUGCAGUUUACGGAGGUUUUUAGCGGGCGACAAGGGAUCGCUGGACGAUCUGGUCUAGAACCGUCUUACUGAUUUCGGUUUCACCUCGUUUCUGCGGGUUCUUACAUGGAAGUAUGAUGCUCGACGCGGAUCUGCUUGGUAUUGGCUCGAUUGAGACAAGAGAAGCAAAAUUCUCGGCUUGAAUUGAGCAAGGCAUCUUAUUUCCUCAGAGCAAGUCUAUAUCAUUAUCACCCCUUGAUGAAUUGCAUUGGCUUGGAGCAGGCUCCAUGUUUUCUGAAUCUACACAUUCCAGCAUUCUCAAUGCCCAGAAGACUGAAUCUAGUCAACAGCAAAUGAAGGAGCCACAAAGAAUGGCCAACAUUUCUAUUGGUACACAAGUUUCAGACCAUGUUUCUGAAUUGCAGUCUGAUGUGUUGGUCUCAUAUCCUCUCCUUGGUGAAGAAAGCCUACCGGACCUAUGCGGAUCACAUUAUGAGAGUGGACUGUUCUCAAGCUCUUUAUCAGAUAUGUUCAGUAGAAAAUUGAGGCUAUCAUCAAGCAUUGCUCCCUUGGGUCAGUCCUUUGAGUUGGGUCACUCAAACUUUGAGGAAGAUGAACCUCUUGAAACAAUGGAGGAAAUUGAAGCUCAAACAAUUGGAAAUCUUCUUCCUGAUGAUGAUGAAUUACUUUCUGGCAUUACUGAUGAUAUUAGAUAUCUUGGUCAAUAUAACAAUGGGAAUGAUGUUGAUGAUGAUAUUUUCUACACGGGUGGUGGUAUGGAACUAGAAUUUGACAACAAUAUCCGCGGUACCAGAACAACCGAAUUUGUCAUGGCUGGAGCUUCUGCUGAUCAACAGGGAGAACCAAAUGGUACAUUUUAUGGCGAACACCCAUAUGGUGAACAUCCUUCUCGAACCCUUUUUGUUAGAAAUAUUAACAGCAAUGUUCAGGAUGGUGAACUGAGGGCUCUGUUUGAGCAAUAUGGGGACAUACGCACACUCUAUACUGCUUGCAAACAUCGUGGCUUUGUUAUGAUAUCUUACUUUGACAUCAGGGCAGCACAAAAAGCAAUGCGGGCACUUCAAAAUAAGCCGUUGAAUCAUCGGAAGUUGGAUAUUCAUUUCUCAAUUCCAAAGGACAAUCCCUCAGAGAAAGACAUAAAUCAGGGUACACUUGUGGUGUCCAAUCUAGAUUCCUCUGUGACAAAUGAUGAUCUCCAUCAGAAAUUCAGUGUUUAUGGUCAAAUCAAAGAGAUAUGUGCAAUUCCCCAUAAACAUCACCAAAAGUUCAUAGAGUUUUAUGAUGUCCGUGCUGCUGAAGCUGCUCUUCAUGCUCUAAAUAGGAGCGACUUUGCUGGAAAAAAAAUUAAACUCGAGCCUAGCUGCUCUGGUGUUGCAAAACUGUGUUUGGGGCAGCAGUUGUCUUCAGAGAUGGACCAUAAUAUACUAAAUGCAAGCUGGCAAGGAACCACUCCUAACAACUCUCUUGCUGGGUGCUUUGGGCCAUCCUCUCUUGGAUCAGUCACACCCAACAGUCUUGAAAACAGAGUUAUCCAGGGUUUAAACUCAGCAGCUAAAGCAUCAAUUACCCCACCUUUAGAGGCCACACUCUAUGAAAUGCCUUCUAAAGUUCCACAACAUUUAUCUCCCUCGGUGGGAAUUACCAUGGUUGGUAAUCACACAAAACAAGCUGCCAAUAUUGACUUCAAUUGUUCCCUUGGCCCAAUGAAUUUUGGACUUCAGGGAAUGCGUGGCCUCCAUCCUCACUCCCUUCCUAAUUAUCAUAAUGGUAUUACUAAUUGCAUUCCUUACAACUCAAAUACUUUGUCAGCCACCGGUAUUGGUGUGAUCUCUAGGCCUUCAGAAGGAAUUGAUGCAAGACCUCUUCAUAGAGGCAGCUCUGGGACCUAUGAUGGAAUUUUGUUGGAUCGUAAUAAAGCUUUUGGGAUUUCCUCUAAUGGAAGCUGUCCUCUACAUGGGGGUCAGUAUAUUGCGAAUAAUACAAAUUCAUUCCAAAGUAAAAUAACUACCACCAUGCCAUGGUCAAAUUCUCCGUCAUUUAUAAGCAAUGUUUCUGUUCAUCAACCAUCUCAUAUUCAUGGAAUGUCUGGAGGACAACCUCAAAUGCUAAACACAGUUCCUUUACAUCAUCAUGUUGGUUCAGCACCUGCAGUCAAUCCAUCUCUUUGGGAUAGGAGAUUUGCCUAUUCUGGGGAUUCCAUGGAACCUCUUGUUUUGCAUUCGGGUUCUCUAGGAAAUAAGGGGCUCGCAUCAAUUCCUCAGUUGGAAUCUCUACAACCUGCUUCGCGGAACUUCUUUCCACAUUCAUGUGGAAACUGCCUUGACCCUUGUAUUUCUCAUGCACCUAUUGGGAUUCCUUCAGUGCAGAAAAGGAGUCUGAUGUUUCAUGGAAGGAGUCCAAUGGUCUCAAUGUCAGGUUCAUUUGAUGGCUGUGCUGAGCGUAUUAGGAGCCGAACAAGUGAUGCAACUGCUAAUCAGGGUGAUAAUAAAAAGCAAUACGAACUUGAUAUCGAAUGUAUUAGACGUGGUGAAGACUCCCGCACAACACUUAUGAUAAAAAAUAUUCCUAACAAGUACACAUCUAAGAUGCUGCUGUCUGCUAUUGAUGAAAACCAUAGAGGAACUUAUGACUUCAUUUAUUUGCCAAUUGAUUUUAAGAACAAAUGCAAUGUUGGUUAUGCCUUUAUCAACAUGAUUAAUCCACAACAUAUUGUUCAAUUCUAUCAGUCAUUUAAUGGUAAAAAGUGGGAGAAAUUUAAUAGUGAAAAGGUGGCAUCACUUGCGUAUGCUAGAAUCCAAGGGAAAUCUGCUCUUAUUGCUCACUUUCAGAACUCAAGUCUCAUGAAUGAAGAUAAGCGCUGCCGUCCUAUACUUUUUCACACGGAUGGUCCAAAUGCUGGAGAUCAGGAGCCCUUCCCUGUCGGCACUAAUAUCAGGUCAAGGUUAGGCAGAUGGAGGGCUAAUAACAGUAGUGAAGAGAACCAUCAGGGUAUGCUCAUUUCAGCAACUGAAGCCUCGUGUGAUCGAGUGGGUUCCCAUCCUGGUUCUACUAAGGACUCUGAAUGAUCCAACCCACUUUAGAGUGCCACUGAUUUUCAAGCAAACAUGACUCUCUAGACGUUGAUGACUUUCAGUUUUCCUGGAGUACUAAGUUGAAAUCUCAUUGAGAAAGGAGCAGGGAAGGCCUUAAGAUUUUGGAUUGCCGUAAGAGGAGAAACAUUGUGCAGGAACUUCAAAGGAGCGCACAGAUAGGACCACUCUUGCGGUUUCGGAAGGUCUUCACUGCAUUUUCUCUCCUUUCUUUUUCCUCAUUUUUUUUCCUUCACUUUUUAUGUUUUUCCGCUUGUGAGUGCAGUACCUGUUCAAAUGUAAGGUUGCAUUUCUUUUUGGUGAUGCAUUACGUGAGCGUUGGGAAGCUACUUUAAGUCUGUUAUAAUGUGAUGCAUGUCUAUGUCACAUGAAUUUUGAAUGUCUGACGGCGUUAAUGUAUUAAUUAAUCUAUUGUCAUUUUUUGUUAA